AUGAGCAGUUCAGAUAGAAUCGAACUUUCGAUUGAUCCAGGUACUUGGAAUCCUAUGGAUGAAGACAUGUUUUCUCUGGAUCCCAUUGAAUGGGACAAACCUUAUACGGAAGACGAACCUUCUACGGAAGACGAAUACGACUCUUCUACGGAAGACGAAUACGAAUCUUCUACGGAAGACAAACCUUCUAACGAACCUUCUACGGAAGACAAACCUUCUAACGAACCUUCGACGGAAGACAAACCUUCUAACGAACCUUCGACGGAAGACAAAACCUUCUAA